AUGAUGGAACUAGGUUCGCAUCGAAUUUACUUCAAUGCGGUUCCCCAACCCAUAAGAGAUUUAAGGGAACUACUCAGUUGCACUAAAGUUUCGGUUUGUUUUGCUCAGGAGGAUGUGGCCAUCGCGGAUGGCAUACCGGAGUUCCUCAAGAGGUCAAUCCUGCUACAGACAUUCGGUGUGCACGGCCCUCACGUGUGCCAGGAGGCAGAGCAUGUGGUUAUCCCCCCACAUGUGCCCCCGGAGGUGGCCCUCGAACUACCGGAGCCGGAGAAGGCGCGAAGGGACAUCUUUGCCUUCUUCCGGGGCAAGAUGGAGGUCCAUCCCAAGAAUAUCAGUGGCCGCUUCUACAGCAAGAAGGUGAGGACUGAGCUACUAAAACGGUAUGGUCGUAAUAGCAAGUUCUACCUUAAGAGGAAGCGAUACGAUGACUACCGAUCAGAGAUGGCUCGUUCUCUGUUCUGCCUCUGCCCGCUGGGCUGGGCACCAUGGAGCCCUCGGCUUGUGGAAUCAGUUCUGCUCGGCUGUGUUCCUGUCAUAAUUGCCGAUGAUAUACGCCUGCCAUUCCCUUCCGUCCUCCGGUGGCAAGACAUCUCAUUACAGGUGGCCGAGAAGGAUGUCGCCAGUCUUGAGACGGUGCUGGAUCAUGUUGUGGCAACGAACUUAAGUGUGAUACAGAAGAACUUGUGGGAUCCUGUGAAGCGGAAGGCGCUGGUGUUCAACCGGCCAUUGCAAGAGGGAGAUGCCACAUGGCAAGUGUUGAGGGAGCUUGAAGCGUUGCUAGACCGGUCUCAGAGAAGGAGGAGUCAUGUCGGAUCAUCGAGGAGGUGA